CUUUGUUCUAACCGUUGACCGUUUUCUACACAUUUUUGACAGCCAGGCUGUGGUUUCUCUUCCUAGCCCCCCAACAACAUCACACUUCUGAACGUUAUUCGGAUUCUCGCGAUUCGAACUCACUGGGCAAGGAAUAUCAGAUCGCAUUCCACGCAGCCUAGUUUGCCCUGUGUUAGUUAAAAAGGGAAUGGUUGUGAUGGAGAGUGUGAAAGAUGGAGGAUGACUAUCUCGAACCUGAUUCUCUCGUGGACCUUCGAGCCCUCGAAUACGUUUCAACCUACGAUGGCCAUCUGAUGUGCCCGAUCUGCCACUGCCCGUUUAUACGUCCAAUUCGAUUGAAGUGCGAUCAUAUAUUUUGUCAGAAAUGUCUCAAUUCAUGUAUCACUUCAUCCCCGUCACACAUACCAUACGCGCCACCUUCCGAUAACUUUGCCUGCCCCACCUGUCGAACCCCAACAAUGGCAACGUUCAUGAAAGUCCCUCGUCUAAUAAUUAGCAUGUGCGAUGAUUUGUGUGUGAAGUGUCCAUUUGUCCGUCAAGGGUGCGAGGAGGUAAUUCAACGAGGCCACGUACAAGCUCAUGUGGAUAAAUACUGCGACUACCGGCUCAUGCGUUGCCCCGACCCAAAUUGCAAUUACAUGACAAGGAAGAAGGAUAUGGACGCUGACCUCCGAUGUUUACAUGAAUUUUGUACUUGUGAUAAUUGUGAGGAAUCUGUGAUGGAACGGGAUUUUGAGAUUCAUACCAAAGAAUUAUGUUCAAGUCUGAAGACCGAAUGUACAUAUUGCCACACAAGCAUUUGUCGAAGUGAAUUGCCAGAGCAUUUAGAGACUUGCCAUGCAGUCGAAAGAACUUGUUGCGCUGCGAAAUUCGGCUGCCCAGAAAAGUUCAAAAUGGAGGCACUUAAGCAACAUGAGCAAUCAUGCAUUUUGGCAAAACUAGGCCCGUACCUGGAUGCUCAAGCUUCUCGAAUGGAAUCGAUGGAAUCGACAAUAAAGCAAUUGCGCCAGCGAAAUGAGAUUCUUGAAGAUGGCAUUGCAAAUAUCCGGUCGAUCCUUGGGGGCCAUGUAUCCCCCCUGCAACCCGACCCUCAAACAGAGGUUUCGCCUAUCAUCAGAAGUGACUCUCCCCUAUCUUUGUCAUUCGAACAUCUAGACAUUUCCUCUCCUGAAGCCUCAAAUAAUCCAGCAAACGAUCCCACAGAUGGUGUCUCCCCUCCAUAUCAAGAAAUCGCCUCCAGCCUAUCCCCAUCAAACACCACCACCUACCUUCUCUCAAUCCACGAGUCCCUGAGAGAGGAGGUGACUCAACUUUCGAAUGCAAUAUCCGAUAUCGAUGCACGAGUCAACAUGUCUAUUAUGAACGAGGGCAUUCGGCUCAGAGAUGAAAUCGCCCAUAUAAGCGCUGGUGUCAACGCUAUUCGGAUGCAGGUCCAUUGGCUUAUGAACCCACGAUUACACCAAAGCCAAAGAGUCGUUAAUGCCUCCUCUACUACAACACCUUCUGCUAGUGAUACCUCUCGGAAUAUGGGGGUUGCUACUGUUGGUGGGCCGAGUGACAACCCGUCCAGCCCUCCCCUGCCGAAUUACAGAAGCCGGCGCCUCAGUGAUGGUAGCCGUGAGGGAACAAAAUUGUAGUGGUUACGACAAGUACACAAGAUUAUUUUAACGGUAAAAUUUGAUUUAUGUUGAUGAGGGAAUGUUUUCACAGUGGCAUAUUUUCCUUUUGUAUUUUUUUUUUUUUUUCAGAAUGCAUAUCCCUGGAGUUGCAUCAUAGUUUCACGGAACAAUGGCAGGCAAUUAGGAGCCGAGGACUGGUAAUGCUUUCUAUUUUGUUCAAUUUCUUUUGCUUUAUCGUUUCAUAAGGGGGGUGGGUCAUGCAUGCAUGUUGUGAAAUUUUUAAAUCGUGUGUUACUAAUGAGCAUUAAUAGUUUCUUUUCCAUCCUUGGAUUCAUUAAUCAAUACCAAAACAAUUUACCCGAACACCAAUUCGGGAGAAGAUCUA